UCUUCAUCAGCAGGCUGCAGGCCCAUAGUGAAGCGUGUUUGCACGUACUUUGCUUCUUCUCUUGUCUCCUUCCAUUGCAGCCAUGGAAACGACGAACCCAACCUAACCAUUCACACUGAUUCAGAGAUGAACAUUUGAAAUUGAAACUCAUCAAUGGCGAGUGCGCACUGCUCUGCAUUUUCCCUCAUUUCACCUUCCCCCACCAGACGAACCCUUCCUCUGAUUCUAGCUUCUUCAAAAACCCGGCACAGGAAAAACUAUCUGCGACCCAAAAUUCUCAAAACCCUAAACCCUAUAACACACCCAACAGCUCCACCUCUUCUCCCACCACCAGAAAACCCCGUCCUCUUCCCUCAAGAAGACGAGCUCUGUCGAGAGGCUCCCGCCGCCGACGAGGCGCGCAGCGAAGAUAUCGCCGGCGCUGCUGGAGAGACUGACAAGUUGGAGGAUUUGCAAGUUUCCGAGGCCGCUGUAGCUCACAAUGGUGUUUACCGGAAUGUUUCAGCCAAGGAUAUCUUCAAGUAUGGUGGUAUGUGUUUGGUUGGGGGUUUUGUGUUUCAGACGAUUUAUUCAGUUUGGAUUCUGAGUAACUAUGUUGCCAAUGAGAAAGAGGAGGAAUUGGAGGUGAGUGGAAGGGGGAAUAGGAACUAUGUUUUCGACGGGAAUGGGAAAACUGUGCCGGUUACUGGGGGAGGCAAUGGUUUUGAUGUGGAGCACCAGCUUGAAAUGGAAGAGAAAAUGAAGGAAAUUAAGUUAAUGGCGAGGGAAGUUCGGAGAGUCGAGUCGGAGAAGAAAGCGGAAGAGGAUGAGGGUGUUGAAGUUGAUGACGAAAGCUCGGCAUCUAGUAAUAGGUUUGGUAUUGAGAAAGAGAUUGGUGCACGGUUAUUGAAGCUGAAGGGUAGGAUUUCAGAUAGUGAUAAGGAUAGUUCAGCAGCGUUACGCGGUAAUGCUCGUGGAAACUCUGCUGCUGGAAUUGCUAGGGAUGGCAAUAAGGAUGUGAAUCAAGGAAAUGAGGCACUAGUGUUUAAGAAAAAGUUUAAGUAUAGAAGCCCUUCUACUAAGGUAAAAAAGGCUCCCAAGGGCUUUUCAGGGACCCGAGAUGGUAAGGCAUCUAAUACAAUAAAGGAGGGUUCUGCUGUUAAGAGUAUAACUCAAGAUUCUGGAAGUGAUGCAACUGAUCAUGAAGGAGUAUUAUGUGAAGAUAAGCAGGUGAAUCAACAGAAUGUUGUGACAGACAAAAGUACUUCUAGUGUUCCAUUGGAAGAAAGUGGAAAAGUCGUUGAUAACGAGUCCAGGGAAAUUUUAAAUCAUGGGAAGAAUUUGGAAGAAAAGAUGGAGACACCAAACAAGAAAACUGAAGUUCCAGCUAAAGCUAACAGCAAUGACAACGGUGGUGUCCAGGAGACUAGUGUUGGGAUGUCUUCACUUGAAGUAAUACAGUUAAGCGACUCGAGUGAAACGAGGACACAGAAUUCUCAAUUUUUUGAGGAAGGAAACCGGGGCACUAGUCCUAUUCUGGAAAAGGAUAAUGUGCGCAGUGUAAAUGGAAGUUCAAGACAUGGAUUAGCUAAAAAAAAAUCAGCAGAUAACAGAGUCAAAGCUAAGCAAGCAAACACUAAGAUUGAUAUGUGGUGGUUGAACCUCCGUUAUGUUCUAGUGAUUCUCAUGCAAAGAGGUUCAAACGGAGAAGGAGGAAAAGGUCUCUAUAGUGUGAAGUUUACUUCUAAGGAGCAGGGACUAAGUGAUGGUUCCUAUACUGUUGCUUUUGAGGAUCAUGCUGAUGCUAACAACUUCUGUUUUCUACUGGAUUCGUUUUUCGAAGAUUUGGGUGAUUUUAGUGCCAAUGCAGUUCCUAUGUCAAUACAAGAACUGAGUGAAGAAAUAAUAUCACGAGCCAAGAAAGUAAUAGUUGUGAAAAAGAGGCAGCUUCAACUCUAUGCGGGGCAACUACUCACUGAUGUUGAGAUGGCCUUGUGCUCUAUCAUAGAACAAGAUCAAAAUGCGCCGUAAUUGACCAUGUGGAGAUCAUUGGUACUUUAUCAAGUUCCAUAAAAAAAUUCUUAACACAGAAACAGCCAUUCUCACCACUAUUGGCGGUCAUGCACUCAUGCUAUUUGUUGACAUUUGGUGAAAAUUCAGAGUGAAGAGUGCUGGGUAAUAGUUGGAGUUAAUGGAUCCAGCAGCACAUAGUGAAGAAUGCUUGGUGACAGGUUUCCCUUCCUAAAGUUUUGUUUAAUCUUAGAAGCUUUUGUUUCUUACAAGUAGCAACAUAUCCCACCAAGGGAAGUGUCCAUUCUGGAGCCACUAGGUACGUGAUCUUAGCACAUCACAUCCGUUAUUUCUCUUUCUUUUUCACCAAAGGUGUCUAGACUCAUUGGGACACCCAACAUUUUCCAAUGUAAAGUCUGAAAUGGUGUUAUGGCACUAGGGUAAAACCAAAUAGAUCUAGUUUGGCACAAAUUUCUGUAACCAACAUUUGUUUAUAAAGCAAAGUGUUACCGAUUUGUCUUCAAUUUCUCAAAAAAGUUGUGGCAACAAUUUAUAAAUGUAUAAUCUGUCAAAUUUGACAAGAAUUUUAUUCUA